CGUACUUGCAACAAUGAAUGCUUCAAAUUGUAAACGAGCCGAAAAUUCUUCUUGGGCAGUUUAUGUUUUUGUGGUAUUCGCUAUUUUCUCUUCGCUUUCAGGUGUUGUGGGUUGGGCAAUAUGUUUGAUAGCGUGCUGUGGAAUAUUAUAUUGGCACAAAUAUUGGUCAAAAUACGGUAAAAUUCCUUUGGUGGCAUGUAAAAAGAACACCAAACUCGAUAAGUUUUUGGAAAGACAUAUCUCAACAUUUAGACACCCGUACAUGCCGUUGUAUUGGUGUCCUGGGGCAAGAGCAAUAACGAUCAUACGUUACUUCGUUCCUUGUGUUGGACACCUGGAAUUAAAGAGAGAAAUACUUCAUGCCGACGACGGUGGGAUAUUUGGUGUUGACUGGUGUCACAAUAAAUCAAGUUCUCAAUAUUCGGAACCAAGUACGAGGCCGACAAUAAUAAUUGUUCCGGGUUUAUCAUCAACGCCUGAAUCCGGAUAUAUUAAAUCAAUGACUCUUUGCUUAGUUGAAAAGGGAUUCCGAGUUGUCGUCUUAAUUUACAGAGGACUUGGAAACUUGAAACUAAAAACACCAAAGACACAUUGCGCAACACAUACGUCUGACUUGGCAACACUUGUCGAUGUAGUUCAUGAACGUUUCCCAAAUGCUAAACUAUAUUGCAUCGGCGCCUCACUUGGAGCAUUGAUAGUAGGACGAUACAUGAGUGAGCGGGGUGAUGACGUCAGAAUUGAUGCAGGGCUGCUAUUUGCAUGCUCAUUCCAUCCUCCCAUUUGUAUGGAAGAGUUUGAGCUAUGGAGUAAUAAGUUACUUCUAAACUUCCAAGUCACUCAAGGUUUGAAGGAAAACUAUCGACGUCAUAGUCACGUUUUUGAGUCAGUCGUGGACCAUGAAAAGGUGGAAAAAUCCGCAUUCCUCCGAGACUUUGACACUCAUUUUACUGCUCCAGUUUUUGGAUACAAAACUACUGAAGACUACUUCAAUGAUUCAAUUUUUUGUGGAGAUAAAAUGGAAAACGUAAAACGACCUUUACUUUGCGUCAAUUCCAAUGAUGACCCAUUCUCACCAGAACGAGGUUUACCAAAGAUGGAAGUUACUCAAACGGAGAACGUCGCUCUUGUGAUGACUUAUGGCGGAGGACAUGUCAGUCACCUUGACGGGUGGAAUCCAUUUUCAAAGAGUUAUUUCGAGAAAAUAAUGGUAGAAUAUUUUGAUGCAAUGAUUCAGGGAAAAUAUUAGAUUUGCAGAAAACGUACGAAAUCCUUUCGUAAAAUAUGUUUCUUUAUUAGCUGUUUCUUUUUAUUUUUCUCAUUUUCAUAGCUAUUUCCACAGUU